AUGUCUACCGGCCAGUUUACCCCUCUCUCGCCCUCGGCGGUGCCCUUCGUACCGAAGGACACUCCCCAGACCACUGCCCAGCACCUUCCCGAGGUGGCUAGUAAGCCUCUUUCCUUCUUCGCUACUCCGUUUAUUCCUGGGCCCUCCUGCAUGCCGACGCCCCCCGACACUCCAACCGACUCCCACCACCUCCUGACACCGGAGCUUGAGUACGCCAUCUCGGCCCCUAUUGACCUUGUGAAGGACUGGCUUCAGUCCGCCAGUGGUCCUGCUCCCGGUUUCUCUAACCGCUUCCCCCCCACAAGCGCUCAAAUGUCGCCCAUCCCGGGUGACUUCAUUCAUGGUAUUUACGACUCGAACUACAAAAUCGACUAUUUCGGGUUCCCUGAGCGCUCCAUUCAUGAGCUAGGGUGUGACAAUGCUUCCCAGAGCGCCAAGGGUGACCAGGAGGUUCGCGACGGCCAGGACAAGCACGACCACGGGGACGCAGAGAUGCUUGCGACUGCCCGCGCUGUAGCCAAUGCGCGCGCCCAACACGCCGAGGUUCGUACCGCUGAGGCCCUGGCGAACUGUCAGAGGCUGGAGAAGGAGCUGGCGCAUGCCCGCAAGCAUCACGAGGAGAUCACGAAGAACACCGCUGCGCGCGAGCAGGCUGCGCUCGAGCAGGCUACGACGGCCGUCCAGGAGGCCACACUGCGGCAGCAUCGUGCCCUCGACACGGCCUGGACCUGGUACAACGCCUACCACCACCAGAAGACGAGCCGUGACGUCGCCGAAAGCGACGCUUGGAACGCACAGGUGGCGCUCGCCAAGGAAAGCAUUCUUCGUCGCGAGGCCGAGGAGCGCGAGGCCGCUCUCCUCGCCCGUCUCCGUGAUCUCAGCGCCACCGGAUCGAACCGCCGCUGA